GCUGUUGUUGGGUGUGUGUGUGCGGAAACUGACAGGUAGGCUGCUGUCGUCCUUACGCGAGCUAUAGGCAAUGCAGUGAACGGAUAUACUCAAUAUUCUAUGAGGUUCGUGCUUAAAAACGAGAUGUCUUAUUAGCUGGGCCCAAAAUAAGUUGCCUGGUGAAUGUGGGUUAAGAGGCAGCAGGAAAAAAAACUGUAAAUACAACUGUCAGCUUGCCGGGAAAGACGACCACACCAACCGGCUUCCGGGGAUUCAGGGGCCGCAUCGAUUGACGGCAAUCGUCGGCGCGUUGCUAGGGGGGAUAGUGGCGAACCACAUCAUCGCCAGUAAUCAACCUCUAUAUUUCAGCGACUUUCGAGAUGUCAAGAAAGCUUCAAAGGACAGAAGUCUGUGCUGACUGCAGUGCGCCAGAUCCUGGCUGGACCAGUAUCAACCGAGGGGUCCUGAUCUGUGAUGAAUGCUGUUCUGUCCAUCGCAGCUUAGGCCGGCACAUCUCCAUAGUCAAGCAUCUGAGGCACAGUGGAUGGCCUCCUGCACUACUGCAGAUGGUUCAGACUUUGGCGAGUAAUGGGGCCAACUCCAUAUGGGAACACAGUCUCCUCGACCCUGCUCAGGUGCAAAGUGGGCGCAGGAAACCCAACCCCCAGGACAAAGUCCAUCCAACCAAGUCAGAGUUCAUCAGAGCCAAAUACCAGAUGUUGGCAUUUGUGCACAAGCUGCCCUGCCGUGAAGAUGAUGGUGUAACUACCAGGGACCUCAGUAAGCAACUUCACUCCAGUGUACGGACAGGGAGUUUAGAGACCUGCCUUCGACUCCUAUCCCUCGGUGCUCAAGCCAACUUCUUCCACCCGGAAAAGGGCACUACACCGCUCCAUGUGGCAGCGAAGGCAGGCCAGAUCCUGCAAGCCGAGCUUCUAGUAGUGUAUGGUGCAGAUCCUGGAGCACCUGACAUUAAUGGCCGCACACCUAUGGACUAUGCAAGGCAGGCGGGCCAUAUAGAGCUUGCAGAAAGGCUUGUAGAGUGCCAGUAUGAACUGACAGACAGACUUGCAUUUUACCUGUGUGGACGCCGACCAGAUCACAAAAAUGGCCAUUAUAUCAUUCCUCAAAUGGCAGACAGAGCUCGUCCUAAGUGCCCAACUCAGAGUCUUGACCUCUCAGAGUUGGCAAAAGCUGCCAAGAAGAAACUCCAAGCGCUCAACAAUCGACUGUUCGAGGAGCUUGCAAUGGAUGUCUAUGAUGAGGUGGAUCGCAGAGAAAAUGAUGCGGUGUGGCUUACAACCCAGAACCACAGCACUCUGGUAACAGAACGCAGCGCAGUGCCCUUCCUACCAGUCAAUCCUGAAUACUCAGCCACACGCAACCAGGGCCGUCAGAAGCUGGCCCGUUUCAAUGCUAGGGAGUUUGCCACACUCAUCAUCGACAUCCUGAGUGAUGCCAAAAGAAGACAACAGGGGAAAGGUCUCAGCAGCCCUACAGACCCAUUAGAUCUGGCAAUUGAUGAUGAUCAGCAUGACUACGACAGUGUAGCCUCUGAUGAAGAUACAGACAGUGAGCUGACCACUCAGAACAACAACAACACACAACGCAGCAACCGUGCAAAGAGUAUGGACUCUUCAGACUUAUCAGAUGGCCCGAUCACACUGCAGGAAUACUUAGAGGUGAAGAAGGCUCUAGCCUCCUCAGAAGCUAAGGUACAGCAGCUGAUGAAGGUCAACAACAAUCUGAGUGAGGAGCUACGACGGCUUCAAAAGGAGAUCACACGGAUGCAGACUGAGAACAGCGUGCUGCGGGGGUGCCAGCAGGCUGGGGGCUCAGCUGGCUAUGGGGUAGGGGUGCCUGGUGGAGGAGGAGGGGUAGGAGGACAGUUGCAAGGCAUCGGGAUGAGGGGGGGGAUAGAUGGAGGGGGUCUGGGUGGGUUUGGACCAGGAGUGGACCCCCCUGUACUCUCUGUGCCCUUUUCGGCUGUCCCCCACUCCUAUCACCACCGGAGGGACCGCCAGGCAUUCUCCAUGUAUGAGCCAGGGGCGGCCCCGAACCCCACGGCCCAGGGUACCCCAGCCCUGGACUCCCUGGCAGCCCGCCUGCAGCCCCUCAACACACCCAGCGUAAGGAGGGGUGGUACCGGGAGUCAAACAGCUUUUGGAGGCCAGCAUCUAUCUGGAUCUACAGAGAUUGGGAGAUACAUGGUCCCUAAACUGGAAAAGCAUGGCAGUGGCACUGACAGUGACUAUGACAACACACAAAUGUACGAACAAACACUAAGUAUGGGCCGCAGCAGUGAGGAGGAAGGUCGUGGGGAGUCUGAGGAGGGAGGAGGUCGAGAGGUUGGGGAGCCAGAUCCCACCCUGCCCUGCACAGAGGAUGUCAUACUUAAGACUGAGCAGGUCACCAAGAACAUCCAGGAGCUGCUGAGGGCCGCUCAGGAGUUCCAGCACGACAGCUUUGUCCCAUGUUCUGAGAAGAUUCACUCUGCAGUCACAGAGAUGGCCUCACUCUUCCCCAAACGCCCAGCACUGGAUGCAGUCCACUGCUCCCUCCGCCUCUUGGCUUCCAGUGCCUCACGGUUGCAGUUGGAAUGCCGUAAGGCAGCUCCGUCAGAGCCCGGGGCACCUGCAGUAGACUACCAACUUCUAACUCAGCAGGUCAUCCAGUGCGCCUACGACAUUGCCAAGGCAGCCAAGCAACUGGUCACCAUCACCACUCGUGAGAAGAAACAGUGAUGCAGACAACACUAUCUCUCCCAAAGGGAUGGACAGAUGGAGAAGAGAGCGAGAGAAUGGAUCAAUGCAUGAGUAUGUGGGAAGGGAGGCAUUUAAGAUAAGGAAAGAUCUGUGAUAUUAUGGCAUUAUAGAUUGGACCAGGAAGAUGGAGAGAAUGAAAGGAUGACCCAAUGAAGCAUGGAAAGAUAGGAAGAUGAAUGGAGAAGGAAUCUGAUGGAAGGCAAGUAGGUUGAUAUUUUAGAAGUCACACCAUAGACAAGAGGAAAAGGUCAAAUUCACAAGUGUAGAAGUGAAAGUAGGAAAGGAUAAAUGGAAGGAUCCAACAUGAGACUAUGGCUCGCUGCAACCAUAAACUGUUGGAAUCAAAUGUGUUUAAUAAUCCGCUUAAACUGUGAUAAGCAUUCAUGGAAUAUAAAUACAAUGUUGAUAUAAAGUGAACUGGAUUCUAAGAUGUGGCCGCUUUAUUUAUUCUCAGCUGUCACUGGUCAGCCUUCCCCCUCCCCGUUAACCAGAACUAUUGAUAAAGGAAUGAAUGUAUGGUAUGAAAGAGGAACAGUUGGACCAACCAUGACAUACUCACACCUUCUCCAUCCCUCUGUCCACUGAGGAGUAAGGACAUGUUCAUACUCCUGCCUCUCUCUCUCUCUCUCUCUCUCUCUCUCUCUCUCUCUCUCUCUCUCUCUCUCUCCUCUCCUCUCCUCUCCUCUCUCUCCAAUAAUGAGACAUGAAGAGUGUGCAGUGCAGAGUCAAACCUCUGAUCAACACCCCGAACAUAUGCUGGAACAUAAGCUUUUCUCUGACACGUCAUCCGAUGACCCGGUGUUAUUGUUGGUAACCUGCAUGAUCUGUUAUGUUUUAUCUUCGUUCCUCUCUUUUCUUUACGUUUGUUUUUUUUAACUUUUGAAUAAGCAGAUUAGUUUGGUCUGCACCUCUGGGGAGAAAAUGUAUGCUUUACACAAACACUUACACUGGAGUUAUUGAGAUGUAUUGUUGUUUAUUUGUAUCUAUAGUUUUACAGAAUGUCAUUUUGAUUCAUCUCUUCCUGUAUGAUUAUUUUAUUGUCUCUAAUAUGAUACUCAUUUGCAGAAAUAGGGAGAAAGAUGGUGAGCAUGUGCAAAGCCUCUUACUAGGAUUAAAGUAAACUUGCACGCAUAUACACAUAAAGUUACAACCUGUGAAUGGUCCUUACAAAUUCUCAUGCACUACUUUUCUGAGUGACAGUUGUGAUAUGUCGUGUGCCAAAGAGGUUGUACAGUUGCCAAAGAACAAAGAAAGGAUGGAAGAGCAGAUUUGUUGUUUGGUUUUGAUUUCCCUUCAUACUGUAACCUCUUGGUGCAUUUUUACAGGACCUUGAUCAAAACCUUUUGUUUUCAUGUAUCCUCAGCUGUCAUUUUGGAUUUAUUUUAUAAAUUGCCUCAUUUAAUUGAACCAGUGGAAUCAUCUCAGAAUCAGUCUGUUAUUUAUUUUUGCUGAGCAACACAAUAAAUUUUGUCCAGUUUGCUUAUGGUGUUUAUCCUCCCUUGUUAUGCUAUACAAUUUUUUUUUUUUACAUGUUGAAUUUGCUUUUGGGUGCUUGUAUUACACAGCAGUCAUCAUUUGCAAGUAUGGAAACACUAUAAAGUUGAUACUGUACAUAAACGUGUAUGUUACACUGGAGAAGAUACUCCCAAAUUGAAUUGGAUUUUGCUGCCUUAAGGGUACUUGAUAACAUCUGUGAUGGAUACAUUUAGGCUUGGACUCUUCGGAAAGCACAAUCAAGAUCUUGUCUGUCAUUGCCUUCUGAACUGGUUCUCAGAGAUACUAGUUGUUUCUUCUAGCUUCUAGCUGUGUUUGAACUCUGCCAGUUGGGGACAAAGCAUACCAUUUUUUUUCCUGAAGAUGCUCUCAUUUUUACGCUUCAAAUGUUGUUUUGCUGUGCUGAACAAUUUUUGUCACACCUGUUAAAAAAGGAAGCUCAUGGCAUCUAGCAACGCUCCCCUACUUCUGAUUUGACCUCUCACCGUCUCCAUUGAUUGGACGAUGGUUUCUCAAAGUGUUUGUGGCUUCAUUAGUUAUUUUGCAAUGGUCUGUUGUAAAUCAUGCCCUGUAGUCAAGUGUUCACUGUAGAUGAAAUUUACUUGCAUGAACUUUCCCUCAGUGCAUCUAAAAAACUGUUUUACUUGUAUGACUGCCUUUAAGACAAACUCUUAGACUGAUGCUCGACAACCUUCAGCACUUCUCUGUGCACUUACUUCCUCUUUUGUUUUUUCUUUCCAUCUUUUUUUUCCCCAUUACGUCAGGUCAAUGACUGUCAUUGUUCCUCAGUGUGGUACAUGUUUCGCCAUAGGGAAGGUUUAAUAUCUUUUCUGUUUCCUUAAAAGACAGAACACAUCCAGAAGACUAUGGAAAUGUAUUCUUGUUGAAUAUCAAAUCAACAUCAUCAUCUCUGUGUAAAUGAGUUCCAGUGGUAUGCUGCAUUAAGACGGGGCAGGAGAAAAGAUUGUCCCUUACGAUGAUUGCCGCAGUUUAUGGAAUAGAGCAAUUUAUACAAACUCAGAUUUUCAUGUUAUUUUGUAUUCUUUAGGGUUUUAUCUGCAAGAUCAUUGUUUCUGUUUUGGCUGAAGUAGGCUUUGGUUGUCUAUUGACCAAACCUUCGAUUGACUCCCACGUCUAUAUGUAUUUGUAUUUAUUUAAAGUCUUGAGUAUACUGUGGCAUUACCUCCUUGUGUUGUAAGAUUGUACUUAUUAAGGAUCCUAGCAGAAUCCAGAGGGAGUGAAAAAUGAGAAAUGUUUGAUUCAUGUGAUUAUCAAGCAGCUGGGUGAAGUAGGAUUUGAUGGUUUGAUUUGGAAUGGGUCAGAACAGGUCUGAAGCAGUCUUUCUUUUAAAACAACAUACAGUUUCAGAGGAAGCUCUAAAAUGUAAAUGACCUUCGGGUGACUCCAGAGAAAAUGUGAAAGCUUCCGUGGGUUCAUGUUUGAUGCACUUUCUACACCUUUAUCAUUCUAUCCCCCUUCAAAACCCACAACCUCAACUCAUUUUUUUUUAAAAAGAUUAUAUAAAAGUAGAGAAAACAAUAACUUAGAGGUCAAUCGUAAUGGAAACUCAUAAGCUGUACAUUUGUAAUAAAAUAGUAAAACAA